AUGAACAAGUGUGAUGAUCAAUCUGGGAAGCAAGAUGCAAAAGAACAAGAAAUGAAAUGUCUGGUUGUAGGAGAUGCAGCUGUUUCAGAGCCUGGGGAGACUAAGAGUUUUGGGGAGGAAAAAACUUCAACUUCUUCUAUGUUUGAAACAGAUGCUUUAGUUCCUGAAAUUGAAAAGACUGAGAAGCAAGAUGUAGAAGCACAAGCGAGCAAUGAUCUUAUUUUGCAGGAUGCUCUUUUGAAGCACUGGUGGACAGACAUGGAUGAAAGAUUAUGCAUGGAUGGAAGACUCUGGAUGCUCUUUUCUUUAAAGCCUGUCAUUAACAUAACCCAUAAUAAUUUUAGGAUUAUUAUGGGAAUGAAGAGGAAACCUGAUCAUCCCCGGCACAUGAUGUCCGACGUGGUACGUAAGAGGACAUCAGCGGCACCACCAUCAGAGGAGGCAUCACAUCGACCACCAUCAGAAGGGCCACUAGUGCCACCAUUAGAGGAGGCAUCACAGCGAGCACCAUUAGUGCCACCGCAUCGACCACCAUUAGUGGCACCACAGCAGCUAUCAUCUACUCAGCCACCAUGCCUACCAUUGCUGCAUCCACCAUCAGUGGCACUACCAUUAGAGGAGGCAUCACAGCGAGCACCAUCAGAGGGGCCAUUAGUGCCACCGCAUCGACCCCUAUCAGUGGCACCACACCAGCUAUCAGCUACUCAGCCUCUAGGCCUACCAUCGGUGCGUCCACCAUCAGUGGCACCGCAACAGCUAUCAUCCCAACUAGAGUCAUCGGCUUAUGAGCCAUCCGCAGAUCCUUCGACUUCUUCACAGCCUCACUCAGGUCAUGUUAGUUCUUCAUCAACCUCGAGUAGGCGUGGUAGAGGAUGUGCCAAGGGCAUUAGGGAGUGGGGUACCGGUACCAAAUUGGACAUACAAUUUGAUGAAAAUUACUGUCCAAUAGGGGAUAACGUGUCUAAGUUAACUACUCAACUUGGCAUUAUUGUGCGAAAUGGUAACAUUGUUCCUCUUACUUUUCUUGACUGGAACACUGUGCCUGAUGACAUUCUUGAUGCUAUCUGGAAGGAUGUGAAGGACAAUUUGAAUAUAUGUCCAGAGGAGUACAAGCCAAUCUGCAUGAAAAACUGUAACAACAUAUGGAAGGAUCACAAGAAUAAAAUUAAGUGUAAGUAUUUCAAGCUUAGAAGUGAAGAUCCUAAUCUGAAGGAUGAUCUAAAUAGGCUUGUGAGAAACUGGGGACUCAUAAAUGGGCAUUCCCGGAAUAUAGGAUUUAAGAGAAUUGGAUUUACUCUAGGCAGUAACUAG